AUGCCUUUUAGCUCCACCGGGGAUGACGUGGAGAAAUCCUCUCCGAAAUCCCGCAGGUUCAAGAGGAGCUAUGUAGCGUGCGUGUCAUGCCGGCUCCGCAAGGUUCGAUGCAUUAUCAAUGGCGACCCUCCGUGUGCAAAAUGUCGCCGUGAGCACCGGGAAUGCGAAUUCGAUCAUCGGCCCAAGGCACCGAAACAAAGAGAACCUCCCAAAUGGGCGAAGAGAAACCAAGAUAACCGUGCGGCUGUUGUCCCACCAGAGGACAGAGAGCAAUGGAUUCAGAAUCAUCACGGCCAGCCUUCACAGUCAGAUCUUGUCGCCGGCCCUGGAAUUCCUCCAAUAAAUGGUACCACGGAUGCACACAGAGUAGCAGAGGAUGCAAUCCACGGCCGUGUCUCCCCUCGAAGCCAGGAGUUACUUUACAAUCGGGUCAUAGCGACACCUCUAACUGGGACUCACGAUGCCUUAGAGGUGCUCUCCGAUGCCGUUCCACGAGGAGAGCUAUCUGUGGAUUUGGGAACCCAGGCGAUAACGCCGUUACUACCACACAAUUCGGCCUCAUCGCCUGCUCAAGGACCUACAGUCAUUUCUACUACUGGCGGGGGGCUUGGAUUCACCGUAUCGGUCCUCUCUAGCCCCAACGAGGCGACACUUGACUUGUGGGACAGGUCGAGGUUUGUCCGCCAAGGGUGGUUCACGGCCCAAGAAGCAGUCACAUACAUUGACCUUUUCUACAAAUAUCUCUCGCCUUUGUCCGCGGUCAUUCUCGAUGACUUCUGCAGCCACUCAGCCCAUACUCGAUUGGUGACCGAGGAAGCCAUGCUCUGCUGCACAAUCCUCAUGAUUUCAUCCCGCUUCUUCAUGCUUCCCGGAGCGGGGGGCCUCUCGCGGUCUCAUUUGAUACACCACCGACUCUGGAACUUCUGUGAAUCGCUGAUCAAACGCAUAUUGCUCGGCCAAGAAAAACAUUCGAGCUGGAGAAUGAGAGUCGUAGGGACCAUCGAAAGUCUCAUGCUCAUAUCCGACUGGCACCCUCGGGCGAUACAUUUCCCACCUGAAACGGAGGGAUGGGACGUAUUUCUUAUUUCUCCUGAUUACGACCGCACCAAUCGUGUAAGAAACCAAGGCGAGGAGCCUUUGAUUCGAUGGCGCGAGGACGUGUUUGAGCCAGCCAAGAGAGCGAGCCGUAUGUCUUGGAUGCUCCUUGGCAUGGCCAACAGUCUCGCGUACGAAAUCGGGAUAUUCUCCAGCCAGGACCAGCAGAAAGUAUACGACCCGUUAGACCCGAAUGGACAAAGACACCUUCGUGUCCAGAAACUUCUCUACACAUAUGUUUCUCAAACGGCAAUCAAGUUGAAUAUGCCUUCUCCUUUUCCUAACAAUAUAGUCAUGGCAGCUUCCCGGUCCACCUUCGAUCAAUCACUCCCUCCGUCGCAUCGGCCCUGGUCAGCCUACAUGGACCUCAACUCCGAGCUGACUCGGCUGUCUCAUACAGCCUCCAGCAUGUUUUUUCAGACACCCGCCAAGCUUCAGGCGAUUGUCUCAGGUGAUCACCAUCUUGACCUCCUUGAGCAUUUCUCUGGUUCCUUGUCCCGUUGGCUAGAGAGAGCUGAAAUAUUAUUCCACCAUAUAGGUCAGCCCUUGCGGGACUGCCUACUCAUUGAGUACCACCACCUUAAAAUCCUGACUGGCGCCGUCGCUAUUCAGUCCGUGGUUGCAAAGGCAUCGGCAUCUGGCAUAGAAGAUACCAACCUCGCUGCGUACUUAAAACCACAGGACGCCAAGUUCCUGCAGCAAGUUAUCCGGGAUUGUAGAAAGCUCCUUCAUAUCGCUACACACUCAAUUUUCCAUACCCAAUUCCCGUAUGCACCGGCGCGAAUAAAGAUCAGUGUCAUCUCGACUUCAGUCUUCCUUCUCAAGGCCCUCAGCAUAGGCUCAUCCAGUGCAGACGUACACGAAGCAUUGGAGUCGCUAGAUCAGUGCACUCAGAUGUUAAAAACAUCUCCACCAGACGAUACUGACUUUGCCAUGCGAUAUGCUACGCUCAUCGAGAAACACACGGCAAAUAUCCGAGAUCGUCUCGUUCCGAAUUCGGCUUCAUCCGCCUCUACGCGACGCGUCUCGGCUACAGAUGGGCUCCAGUCCCAAGAGACUGGCCUCCCUCUUCCCAUCCCAAAUCUCUCGACUGGGGUUUAUAGCGAUUCUGAGAUUGGGGAUUCAGUCAACUCCUGGAUAUCAUUCCCUUUCGACUCCAGCAUUGCUCCUUUCAACCAAGAACAAGACACUCAGCUCUCGCUCGGUCUAGAUCUUGACUCGUUAGAUUUUCUCUGGAAUCUGCCUCUAUCAUAG